AUGAAUAUUUCUAAACUAACACAACAACUAUUGAGGGUAAAACGCGAGAAAUGUUUAUCCUUUGCCGAUAUUGGCAAGAAACUUGGACGUGAUGAAGUUUGGACUGCUGCAUUGUUCUACGGACAAGCAAGUAUGACUGACGACGAAUGUAAAAAGUUGGUUAACACUCUUGGAAUUAAUCUAACAUCUCAAGAUAUAUUUGACUUAACUCAUCCACCAUCAAAAGGAACGUUAAUCAAAACAUUUCCACCGACUGAUCCACUCCUGUAUCGUUUUCAUGAGAUUCUUGCUGUUUACGGCGUGCCGAUGAAAGAAGUGAUUCAUGAAAAAUUUGGUGAUGGAAUUAUGUCAGCAGUUGAUUUUACAAUUAAAAUUGAUAAGGAUGAAACGAACAAAGAAGCACCAAGAGUCAAUGUGAACAUGUCGGGAAAGUUUCUACCUUACAAAAAAUUUUAG